ACUGGUACCAAUAGAUUAUUAGGGUAUUAUAGCUAAGCUGUAAGCAAACCUUUAUGUACGCAAAUUUCAGUUAAAGGUAAAUUAAUAUCGACUAAUACCCAAUAUUAAACUAAUACCCUACCCUUACCUACAUACUUGUCUUAAAUUAAUAUAUGUUUUUAAUUUUGCUCCACUGUCCUCAGAGAGCGGCUGCUUGCUGCGUUUUUACUCUCACUCUUCUCUCUGCUCGCCGACUGUUGCUGCUUUGUGUUUGUGCUUGCGACUUUGCGACUGUGGGGGUGACUUUGGUCUCUUCGCUGCGUCGCUGCCUCGGUCGCUGCUGCAGUCGGCGUCGCCGCUCGCAACCGUGGCCGGCUGAUAGGCCAUAAACGAAAUUUUCGAAUCUAUUCGGCCCUAGGUUUCGGUGGUUUUCGGUGCUCGCAGCUCGCAGCCAGCAGACGGUGUGCAUAUCGUCUCUCAUCUCUCGUGCACUCAAAUUUUGAAAACUAAAUUGCUAAAUUGCAAAUUUUCGAGAAUAAAAAAAAAUAUCUAACGAAAAUCGAACAGCCGCUUUGUCGAAAAAAAAAAACACAAACUGUAUUCCUAAUUUAUUUCAUAUUAAAAGUGCAGUCAAUGCAACGGCAAAGGAAAAGUGCAAAAGAUUUGCGGAAUUUGGAGACUUUUUAAUUAUUAUUUAAGUUUUGUUUGUGUUCAAUGGGCAAACGCAAAAAAUAACUGUCCCAGUGUCCUCGAGCUUUGCGUGUGCGUGUGUGUACGUCGAUCGUGAGUGUUUCAAAACUGUUUUUCGACAAGUGAUUGAAGCCAAAUGUCACUGUGAAAAUGCCUCAACAAACUAAUCAAAACACCGAUUUUAAUAAUUCCAACAACAUAACGAUAAACAUUCAACGACAACAAUACCGGCGAAUGCUAAGAAAUGCUAAUCAAGUUAAAUAUUUUGAACAUUUAACUGUCUAAGCAAAAAUUCUUAAAUUACAAAUAAUUUCGCGAAAUUAUACAAAACUCAAUGUAAAAUGAAUUGAAAACAAACACUUUUUCGAAAAACAACGCAAAAUUAUAAAAUUGGCAAACAUCAUUUUUGGUCUUAAAUCAAAAUAAACACAACAAAAAUUUAAUAAAUUAACAAAAAACGAUUUUUGGCAAAAGCUGCGUGCAACAAAUAAAAAAGUAAUUUAUGACAAGUUAAGAUUAUCUCAAACGUCCACACGUGAACAUAUUUUGCAACUAAGAUGAACAUCUAACAAAAAUUAAAUGUAACUUUUUUAAAUUAACAACAACAAAACCGUCGUCUAAUAAAGUAAACAAACAAAAGUUAAACAACAAAUCAGUUGAAAAGCCAAGGGAAAUCUUUUUAGAACAAACGCAAAAAACCGCAAAAAUUUAACCGCCAACAAAAAUUGGUCAACUCUUCAAAAUUAUUGGUUCGGACAUACGCAAUACUAUACACAGCAACACAACAACAACAACAACAACAACAGCAACAAAAGCAGCCAUAGCAACUGAGCAACAAAAACAACAACAGCUACUACAGUAAUCACUACAGUAAACGCCAUCGCAACAGAAGCAGAAGCAGCGCAGCAGCAGAGAACGUGUGUGUUAGUUUGCAUAAAAAUUUCGUUUCGAUAACAAAAAAAGCAAAGCAAAAAUAUUAAACAAAACAAAAAAAUACGAAUCGUAAUACAUGUAUUUAUAAAACAUAAUAUACAUAUACCUAUACAUAUAUCUAUGCUUACAAAUUAUAUCGAAGAAUAUUUGGUAAACAAUUUUUGAUAAACAAAAGAGUAUACUUAAUUAAUUAGCAUCCAAAACUAAACAAGAAAAAUAUAAAAAUAAAGAACAUAAACGUUUGGCCCAAGUGCAUGCAACAAAAAAAAGUGCAGUGACUAAAAAACAGAAUAAAAUUCAAAAUUAAUAACUGUGAAAAGUUUUACAACUGAGACAGGAUUCUGGAUUUGGAUUAGAGCGAAAAUUUGCAAUUGGAUAUUAAGGUAAGCAGCUUUACCUUUAUUCAAACUAAUUAGGCCGUCGUCUAGUUUAACGUAAAGAAAUUGUUCCUUUUGGUCUAACUUACAAUUUCCACCCUCGAGUAACUAACUACAAGCCUUCAAAGCUCUCUCAAGCGUUUACUUUCUGGGUUCAAAUAUACCAAGUCAUCCAUUUGUCGUGUUCGGAUUCGAUUUCGUCGUCGCUCAUAAUUCGUAGCUGAAUUUCUUAUGCAAACGCCAAACAAAAACCUAUCAUCAUCAGCAACGAAUAAACAAGUAACGGAAGUCAUUGAUAUUGGUAAACCGGAAGUUGUCGUAGUGAAACCAACAACGAGUACGACACACAACAAAUUAACUAAACAAUUGCAAAAUUCCCUUUGGCUAAGGAUUUGCAGCAGCCGAAUAGCAUUUAUGCUCUGCUGGCAGCUACAAAAUUCCACGAAAUUCCAUUUUGGCAACACGAAAACAAACAAAUCAAAUUGCAACAUCACCAAUAACAACAAAACUCUCCAACAAAGACCAAAAAUCAUUGGCAAAAAUCAUAAAGAACAAUUACCAAAUCGCAGUCAACAUUAUCGUCGCUCUGGCGCCUUUCAAGCAACUUCUUGGUUCCUGAAAGUGAAGAGCUACAAGGAUAUAGAUAGAGAUACGGAUACGGAUACAGAAACGGCUACGGAUCGGGGGACAAGAGGUACAACUAUAGGCGGAGCAACGGCGGACAACGCACAACUGCUGGCAAAAUGGAUCCACAGCAGCAGUUCUGCCUCAAGUGGAACAGUUAUUCGUCUAACUUGGCAAUAACAUUCUCCAAUCUGUUCAAAUCGGAUCUGUUGGCCGAUGUCACACUAUCCUGCGAUGGCGCAGUUUUUAAAGCCCACAAACUUAUAUUGGCGGCCUGCUCAAAGAAGUUCGCCGAUCUGUUUGAAAACACGCCCACAAACGGCCAGUGUGUCAUCAUACUGGAGGCCACCACGCCGGAUAAUAUGGCUGCACUCUUGGAGUUUAUGUACAAGGGUGAGGUCCAUGUGUCCCAAGAGGCGCUCAACAGUUUCCUCAAGUCUGCCGAGAGUUUACAGGUCAAAGGCCUGUCCACAGAGACGGGACGCCUGGCGGCCCAGCAGGCGCAACAGCAGCAACACAUGGGCGACAGCUCACCGCUGGACUCGCCAACGGGACGAAGGAGCAUGCGAAAUAGCCUGAGCGGAGGCAAUGGCAGCAACAUCCUGCCUGGUGGUGCCGCUGGUGUAGGCAUUGGACUGGGUGGUGUGACGGGAGCCAACUCCAUACCCGGAGGUCUAGGCAAUGGCAAUGGCCUGAGCCUGGCCGGAGCUCUGAGCGGCAUGGCUGCGGCUGGAGGCAUGGCAGCGGCUGCCAGUGUGGCAGCCAGCGGUCUGAGUGCUUUGGCGGCCAGUGCGAAUGCUCUGGACAGAUGCGGCAGUGCUGGUGGUAAUAUAAUUGGAGGAACAGCGGCGGGAAUUGGUCCACUGAGUGGAGGAACAGGAACUGGCGGCGGCAAUGGUGGCAUGGGUGUCGGCGGCAAUGGCGUCGGCGGCAACAAUGGACCCAUUAGCCUGGGCAGCGGUGCUGGCGCCGCUCAUCACCUGGGCGGAUCUACCGGCAGCUUGAAGCAAGAAUGCGAUUCGCUUAUGCAUCCGGGUGGCAGUAGCUCCUCCUCGGGAGGCAUGGGCUAUACCCAUGUGCCGCCCAUCUACCGACCCAUCUCCUACGAGCCGCUGCGUAAGCGAGCCCUGCGUAGUCCUUAUGCGGAGCAAGAGCAGCGUGGAUCCGUGCUAAGAGAUGGUUCCAAGAACUCAUCUUCAGAGUGUCCCAGCCCGAUUAAUAAGCCACCCUACCACCGUCCCUCGUCCAGCGCCUCCUCAACGGCGCCCACUGAGGCGGAUACCAUGCAUUCGGAAAGAGCUUCGCCACAGUCCAGUCGCUAUGAGAACCACAGUCCCAGCACCACAGCCGGCAAUGGCAAUGUAACCAGUGGCCUGGAUCGCAUUGUAAAAUCUGAGCGCAACAAUGGCAGUGCCAAUGAGGCUAAUGAUGACGACCGCGAGCUUAUGGAUGAGUCAGCAGAUAACGGAGCCGAGGAUCUGCGCGUAAAGCUGGAGAACUCAAACUAUUCACCGCCGCCACCGCCAAACUCAAACACCUCAUCGACAACCACACCGAAUGCCCUGCUGGAGAACCUCAAGAAUGCCGAUGGAUCCCUGUCCGGUAACCUGGCCGCCUCUAUAGCUCCAGCGGACAUGCUUAACGUUUGGAAUGCCACCAAGAUGAACAACAAGAACAGCGUCAAUACGGCCGAUGGCAAGAAACUCAAGUGUUUAUAUUGCGAUCGCCUCUAUGGCUAUGAGACGAAUCUGCGAGCACACAUCCGCCAGAGACAUCAGGGCAUCCGUGUGCCCUGUCCCUUCUGCGAGCGAACCUUUACGCGUAACAACACUGUGCGCCGGCAUAUUGCACGAGAACACAAGCAGGAAAUUGGUUUGGCGGCGGGAGCAACCAUUGCACCCGCCCAUGUGGCAGCAGCGGCAGCGGCGGCAGCAGCCGCCAAUCAUUCACCAUAGGAAGCGGCCGCAACAGCAGCGGCAGCAGUAGUCAUGAACGCCCACAAGGAGGCGGCAAAGCAGCGCAAACGUAAAUCACUCAAGAUGGCACUGGAGAAGUGCAUGCAGCGACGGGAUGCCAUGGCGGCGGAGUCCACCACGGGGGGAGACGAGGGAGAGGGGGCAGUAUCGGAGGGUGUAGGAUCAGGAGGAGGAAAUGGCGGUGAUGCGGGAGCAGGCUCAGCGGGCACUGAGCCACCGUUCACGUACGAACAGCAGCAGCAGCGAAUGCACCAGGAGCUGGCUCUGCAAAUCAAGGCGGCCAUGGCUGCCGAGCAGGCACAGGCGGCAGCGGAGGCGCAGGCAUCUGUGGAGGCCAUGGAUUCAACCAUGAAUACCACGGCCAAUACAACCACCACAGGCACCACCACCACCAACACCACCACAAAUACCAACACCACCAGCGAUGGCUGCAGCGAUGCAGAGGCCAGCGAUGGCAGCGAACGUCCCAUGGAAGUGGACGAGCAGCCGCCAGAGCCGCAGCCAGGUUCAGAGCUCCUGGUGGUAGAGCCAAAGAUCGAAGUGCUGUCGGAUUCAGAGGACGAUGAGGAUCAACUGCAUCUGCAUAUGGCCGAGGAGGAUGAGGAUGAACCCAGUGUCCAGGCCGAAGCCAUAUACGAUCACAUGCCCACCACGCCCACCAGCCCCAACAUGAUACCACCGCCCAACGAGACGCCCAUAUUGACCUCCACGCCCAAGGUCAAUGUGGAGCAGUAGGAGAGAAGAGGAUGCCCCCCAAAGAAGCUGCUUAGAUUUAGGUUAACAAACGACGAUGAAUGGAGUUAGAUGAGUGAUUUUACGAAAAGAUUUACGCGCGCAAAAGAAAAGAACAAUGACUACUGUUGCAACUGCUGUUGCCCUCGGAGACCAGACCCAGAAAAUGGGGCAAACUAAAAAUUGAUUAUAACUGCAAAACAAAACAAAAACAAUUACUAAUAUGCUAAGAUUUAUGACACAGACAGACCGACCGAAGCAUGCACACACGAAACCGGAAACGGAAACGAUAAGAAACGAAAGGAAACCGAAGAAGGCAGUUUUUGAUGUCCAACUUUUUGCAGAUUUUUAUGUGAUUACAACAUUUGUGUUGAAAGCCAGCAGCCACCAAUUAGCAACACAUCCAAUUUAUAAACAAUUUAUUAAACAACAGUAAACAAAAACAGAGCUCAAAACUGAGAAAUAGAAAUAAAUGCAAUCCGGCUGAAAAAUCGUUUUCAGGGUGCUAAUCAAACAAAAUACUAAAAACCAACAACACUCGCAAUGCAAUUUAAUUAAAAACAAGCAGAAGAAACAACAAAUUAAAACUUAAAACUACAAAAAAUAGUAAAAAUGCAAAAAGUUUGAACGUUUUUGAUUGGUACAGAGCCUCAAAAAAAAAAACAAAAGGAUAUUAAAGUGUAGAAUAUUUGUUUAUUCGUGUGUGUUGAGGAGGAUCGCGAGAUUGAUCGAUCGAUAUGAUUAAAUUAUUGUCGCAUAAUGUAUAUUUUUGAUUUCCUAUAGAAACACAAGUCUCACAAACUGCAAGAAACGAUAUAUAAAUGAAUUUAACACAAGCGUUAAAAGUAAUGAGUAAAAACUGUACACAAAAUAGCUGCAACAAAACAAACUACAAAGCAACAAUAGCAACAACAAAAACCGCAACCACAAGUACCUGCAAACAAUUAAAAUAGUAUAAAAUAAUUUAAAAAAAACAAAAGAAACAAAAUACAUAAAUAGCAAACGAGAAACUCUGACUAAAAAGGAACCAAUAAGAAGAAAAAGAGAGAGAGAGAGGGGAGAGUGGCUCCUUCCUACACUCACUACCAAAGCUCAACUGCCACUGCCCCUUUUGCCGCGUUUUUUUGUAAAUAAUUUUAUUAAAUUAAAUAAUACGAAAAGGUAAAAAUAUAGGGAAACAGAAGUAGGGCUUUAGUGAUCGUGGAGGAGCUGCUGCUCCUAGGAACUGAGAGUUAAUUUGCUUUAAAGUUUAAACAUAUUUUUUUGUGUUUUGUGAUUUUUCGUACAUAUUUCGUUUUAUGAUUUUCGAUUCCAUCAAGUUUAGGCCUCAAAAUUUCAAAACAAAACUGCUUUUGGCUACAACAAAAAAUUCAUUAAAAAAAACCGAAAUGCAAAUUCAAUUCCGAAUUCAGAAGAAAAGUUUCUAAGUAAAUAUGAGAAAACAAUUGGUAAAUUGGGUGCCUAUAAGAAAUAUAUAAUUAAAUGACUACUAGUAAAAUUUUAUAAACAAAGAAAAAAAGUAUAUUUAACGAUGUGA